GUUGAAAAAUAUGCAUCCGUUCAGGAGUUAUAACGUUUUGAAAUUUUUCCAGAUGCUGCAAAAAUUUUAGCAAAAUUUCAAAACGUUAUAACUCCUGAACGGAUGCAUAUUUUUCAACGAAAUUUGAAAUCUGUCGAUGAAAUUCGAUGUAGCUUACUAUGAAAUUCUAAAAACCGGAAUACUACAAAAAGCAAAAGAAUUUCCCGGGAGAGCAAGCAUAAAAAUUAUUCUUUUUUCGCAAACUCCGAUCACAAAAUCUUUUUUAUAAAAUCUCAUCAUUCAGGCCCAAUAUCACCCUCCAUAAGUUUCAUCUGGAUCCCAUGCUCUGAAGCCGAGAUUUCACAUACCAAAAAAUCCUGGAUAAGACACUGCACCAGUGUUUCUAACAGCAGAGCGUACAUAGGCUUUGAAAUUUAGAAAUACGCUUUGUUUUACGCUUUGCUGAGAAAAUCAGAGCAUACAGUGUACGCCUUCCUGUCACUGGUUACUCUUUGUGCUUUAAUAGAACAUUUUUAUAUCUAAGAGAAAAUAAGAAAAACAUUUUUACUAAUGAGUCAUUCUGCUGUUUAGAACGAAGAAAAGAUAGGAGCGCGGUUGAGUUCACCUGUUUUUUAAUUAGUCGUGCAACCCUCCCGUAAAGCUUCACAGUGGCUCAUCCCCGAGAUGAAGGAAAAAAGCGACGAUAAAUAUGAACUGAAGAUGUAAAAGAAAGCCGAAUCAAACCAAGAAAACCGUGAUACCUAAUUGAUGCUUUCUUUAUUAGAUUUGAAACGUAUACGCUUUGCGAAAAAAACAGAGCGUACGCUCAGCGGACAAAUCCUGUUAGAAACACUGCUUUGCACUGUAUAAAAUAAAACUUGUUCACUAAUCUAGAUACGACGGAUGCACUUCGAAUUUUUGUUAAUAGUGAAUAAUCUGUGAUCAAUACAAAACAGUUGAUUACAAUUAAUUGGAAACACUGUCAACUGGAACCUUACGGAAAAGAUUGUUUCAAUUUGCUUUUCUAAAUAUUUAAGUUGUUCAAUUGAUCCAAAUUGACAAUUUAUCUUUUUGUUUUUAUUCAAAAGAACUUAACGUCGAAUGCAUGUUAUUACGUUUCGUUUGUUGAUGAUGUUGAUUUAGCUUAUAUGAUAUAUCGUCACCGUAAAGUCCAUGUUACACUUAGAAUGUUUAUUAAUUUUGAUCGGUAUUCUUUUUUCUGUUUUUGUUUGUAAAAUGUUCAUAUAAAAAAUAUCUGGAUAAAGUUCAUGUCAAAUGGUUUGAAGAUAUUCAAUAUGAUUUAUCAACAUGUGUGUAUUUGAUGCAUCUAUGGUUCCUUUUCGAUUUGAUUGAAUGCAUAUAGUAAAAUAUGUCUAUUUGACAUUACCAUGAGUGAUGGGGCUUGACAUUUACAUUUAGUUAUAAAUGUUUAUUAUGAAAGACAUUAGAUUAAAUCACUAUCGGAAUUUUGCCGCAAACUUAAUUUAUUUGAACCUCCGCUUAAAAUCUGGUUAUAUUAUCUAUCUUUCGUGCCUAGUAAUCGUUAUUGUUUGAAAGAAAGAUAAGAGUCUUUGAUGCGAUGUUUUUCAGUUGACUACAUGUGAGAAAAAUGAGCUCAUUAAACGUCUCUUUUGUAGAUGACUUCUGCAAGUAAAACGUUUUUCGAACAGGCUGACCAGGCAUUCGAUAAUGGAAGAUACAUAGCUGCAUUUGAUGUUAGUACCUCGUCCAUAAAAUAAUGUACUUUUCUUUUUGUAUGUUUCCUUUUCUUUUAUUUGUAGUUCUGUACAAAGUCUAUUGAACAAGAUAAUCGUUCGGAUAAUCAGUAUACGAGUCAGAUUUAUUCAUUACGUGCUCGGUGUUCACAUAUGAUAGGAAAAAAAGAAGAUUCAUACAAUGACAACUCUAAUGAAGAUGAAAUCAAGCAAUGGAAAGAAAUAAUUGAAAAAGAAUUAAUUGAUGAAUCAGCUGGAAGUGUUACAACAAGGAAAGAAGCAACAUUCACUAAUUUCGUUGAAAAAUUUCAAUUAGAAUUUUACCGUGUAGAGGUACACUUCUUCUUUUCGGAAAAAGAAAAAGAAGCUAUAUAUGAACGAUUUAACAGUGCAAAACAAUUAUUAAUAAAUAUUAUUUCAACUGAUCCUCGUUGUACUCAAAUAUGGUCAAAUAUUAUUGAUGGCGCUUAUGAAAAAAUAACACCGCUUUCAUCAACAUCACAGAUUGUUCAACAACUCUUUACUUCAUCAAUUACCACAAGAUCUAUGCUUCAAGAACUGAUUGCAAAAAAAAUUAUUAUCGCUUUUGCUCAUCCAAAUACAGUAGCAUCACCAUCGAUACUCGAUCCUGUUAGAACAAAAGAAUAUGCUACAACAACAAAAUUUGAAGAUAAAGCUCUAAUCACAAUCAACCCAAUGGUAUUUAACUAUAAUACAACAAUUCAUGGAAGCCAUAUUACUGGUGAAUCAUGCACUUUAUUUUUGGCUAUACUUUUAGCCCAUGAAAUUACUCAUGCAGUUAAAUAUAUUGGUGAAACUAUAACGACGACACCAGAAUUGCCAUUUUUUAGAACAUAUUCAUGUCCUGAUGAAUAUGAUGGUGGAAAUACACUAGAGCACGAACUGAUUGCUGGCGAAAUACACAUUAAUCGUGAUAGUGCACAAACUAAUGCGGAAUUGUUUAUAAUAGGAUCAAAUGGUCAACAUUGUCAUAUAUCACAAUCAGAUAUUAAUAAUUGCAUAAAAAACAACAGUGUUCAACCAUUAUCAUCAUUAGGUCAUCGAUUAGAACUUAAACGUAAGCGUGCAACUGAUACAAUUGAUAGUAAAAGAACUUGUACCGAUUAUUCCCAAGCAACUGAUUAUGAAAAUGAGAAUAACAAUGAGAAAUUUAUACCUCUACUUCAUUAUCAUACACGACGCAGUGUUUUUCAAGAAACAAAUGUUGAUGAAAAUGAACAUUAUCAAUCUUUGUUAAAGUAUCAUCAUGAAGAAGACGCUUCGUACGUCCAAUCUCCAGAUAAUCCAGUAUUGCUUCUCAUUUAA